AUGCCGUCACAGAGGGAGCUGGAGCACAGGGACCGUCACAUGCCGUCACAGAGGGAGCUGGAGCACAGGGGCCGUCACAUGCAGGCCACAGAGGGGGCUGGAAGGUUACAGGUGCCGUCUGGGGGAGCUGGAGCACAGGGACCGUCACAUGCAGGCCACAGAGGGAGCUGGAAGGUUACAGGUGCCGUCACAGAGGGAGCUGGAGCACAGGGACCGUCACAUGCAGGCCACAGAGGGAGCUGGAAGGUUACAGGUGCCGUCACAGAGGGAGCUGGAGCACAGGGACCGUCACAUGCAGGCCACAGAGGGAGCUGGAAGGUUACAGGUGCCGUCACAGAGGGAGCUGGGAGUUAUGGCUCAGUGGCGCCACAGACGGUGAUGGGUCGUAUCGUCACCAUAGUGUAUGCUCUCCUGGGCAUCCCCCUCAUGCUCCUCUACCUCUCCUCUGUUGGUGACUUGUUGUCCAGGGCUCUCAAGUGGUUGUGGUGGCGCCUGUGUCGCUGCCGCCGUCGCCGUCCACCUCAGACACCCCGCGCUAACCACCAGCCCUCACCUGCCCCUUACACCAGCGUCGACCCCGCUAAGAAGAAGUGGGGCGGGGACUGUGGUGACGGGAGCAGCGCGGGAGAGGAGUACGGUGACGGGGGUGAGACAGGCGCCGUCCCCGUCACUCUUUGUCUAGUGUUGAUGAUCACCUACAUUUGUGGGGGCGCCGCCGUCUUCGCCUACGCCCAUCAGUGGUCCUUCCUGCACGCCAUCUACUUUUGUUUCUCGUCCCUCACCACCAUCGGCUUCGGGGACCUGGCACCUGAGACCACACCCAACGCGAACACGGGCGUCCAGGUGGCUCUGCUGGGCGCUGCUUUCUACCUGCUGGUGGGCAUGGCGCUCAUCGCUACUUGCUUCAACCUCAUGCAGGAGCAGAUGACCAACCGCGGCUAUGGCCUGGGGCGGCGCCUGGGCAGCCUCAUGGCCACCAGCAACAGCGGCAGCAACCACCGCUUCCACCUGGACGAUACCUGA